AUGUCGACUAGCAGCGACGAAACGUCCGAUAAGGAAGUAAGGUUUUCGAGAAUUUUCCUCCGGACAAAUUUAUUUUCCAGUGCCCUUUGUGCAUGGAAACCUUGGAACUCGAUGAUAUCAACUUUUACCCGUGCAAAUGCGAGUACCAAGUAUGUGCUUCCCUGAAAAUUUUCAAAAAAUUCGGCGAUUUUUUCAGAUCUGCCGUUUUUGCUGGCAUCGUAUACGGACCGACGAGAACGGGCUCUGUCCUGCCUGUCGUCAGCCCUAUCCUGAAGACCCAGUCAAUUUCAAAGUUCGUCAGAAAAUUGAAGUGGAAUUUACAAUUACAAUCGAUUUCAGCCUAUGACUAGUGACGAUGUGCGAAAGCACAAAGACGAAAAGAGGAUGAAAAAGCAGGCGGAAAAAAUGAAAAUCUCGGAUGCUCGGCAGUACUUGUGCAACUACCGCGUUCUCCAGAAAAAUCUCGUCUACGUUGUGGGGAUCCCUCCUCGAGUAGCGGAUGCGGAAGUGCUCAAGAAGCACGAGUAUUUCGGUCGGUACGGAAAAAUCCAGAAGAUCGUGACGAGUGCCACGGCGAGCAACCCGGUGCAAACUCUUCCGCCCAGCCACACGGCAUACGUGACCUAUAAAAGGGUCGACGACGCGUUGCGAGCGAUACAGGUCAGCUGUUGAGAAGGCAAAUGUCGAUUGCAUUUGUGUUUGUUGCAGGGUGUUCAUAACUCGGUUCUGGACGGGCGGCAAGUGAAGGCGUCCCUGGGGACGACCAAAUAUUGUUCUUCGUUCUUGAACAGUCGGAAAUGCUUCAAACCGGUUCGGCAGUUCGCAUUGUCCGACGUUAUGGCGCAAUUCUUUCUUUGCAGGAAUGCAUGUACUUGCACGAGAUUGCGGAACCAGAGAUAAGCUUCACGAAGGACGAUAUGCACGUUGGCAAGCACACGGAAUACGAGAAACGAUUGAUUGAUUCUAUGAACAGCCGGCCACCGCCGCCACAGUCGACUCUUGCAUCUCAAUUGGAUAAAAUAUUGGUGCCCACGUACUGAGAAACUGUUUGUGAGCACGGAAAUAAAAAUAGAACUUUCAGAUCAAAUUCUGCACAAAACAGACGGCCUGCAACGGAAAUCAAAGAUUCAGAUGGCUCGAAUGCAGUUACAGGCGCUGGGCGAACAGGUAAGAAUGAGGAGAACGGGUGACGACGAUUUUACAAAAUAUUGAAAAGUUACAGGCUCAGUGCCACAGAUUCCUGCAGAAGAGCCGUAUGAUGAUGCGGACUCGACGAACACAUCCGAUGUAGGCGUCGAAUCAGAAGAACGAGAAGCCAAUGUUGCCCAAUUUCAGUCGAUCGAUGAUCCAACUCCGUCAAAUCCUGCGGACGAGACAGUGAGCAGCAAGAGGAGUAACGCGACAGCCAGAGAACGACAGUGGUCAGAACGCGAUGAAAUUUCAGUUGCACCAAGUAACACGCCUCCGACAGACCCAGAAGGCAACGAUAACGAAUUCGACGAAGAGGCAAAUAGGUUCGAGAUCGGGCGCCACUUCAAUUGCAGCAAUUGGAGACACAGCGAACAAUCGACAUCAGAUAAUGUUUACUUUCCAGGAAUGAUGUCAAUGACCUCAUGUCAAAACUGGAUGUGGAUGAUGACCGGCUGGACCGGAACUCUUAUUCAGAAAACGAUUAUCUGCACUCUGGAAUUCCUGCCCCCGCAAAGCACCAAGAAGCACCUGCUCCUUUGAUGCAAUGGGAGGCACUUCUCGGACUGACGACACACCAGCCUGCCGCGCCGCCCACAGUCGAGCCCUCAACACUGUUCUCCUCAUUCAAACUGGAUUCUUUCACAUCGCCACUGUUCGGCGCACAGUCUUCUACUCAAAACUCGUUCAGAAGGGACCCCUCACCUCCUCCAGGUCUGGGCCGGUUCAAUUCAGACGAUGAUCUUGGUUUCGAUCCGUUCACCGAGUCGUCGAAGGGAUUGUCUGCAUUGCUCCAAGAGGAGCAGGAACAAAUCCCGCCACAAAAUUCAGGACACACUAUGGAUGUGUUGAAACAGUGAGUGGAACAGUUUGAGAAGCUGAUGGUAACCGUUCUCAGUUCUAGGUUGUUCGGUCAAGUUCCGGAUCAGCGGUUGCCUGCCCAACAGCAUCAGCACAUUCAACAACAACAGCAACAACAAGCGCACCAUCAUCCACUGCAACAGCAUCAAGAGCAACAUCACUCAUUCCUGCAUCAGCUACACGCACAACAACAUGUUCAGCAUCAGCAGCAGCAGCAACAACAACAGCAUCAACAACAACAGCAUCAACAACAACAGCAUCAACAACAACAGUAUGCAGCCGACAUGAGCAGGCAGGACUUCAUGUUCAACCGUAUAAUGCAGAGACCGUACGAAUCGUCGCCCGGGUACUCGCAUCAGUACAGCAACGUAAAUAACUGUUUUGGGUUUGCACGUGUAUUCGUCUUUCUUCAGAUACAACAUCAGUCCUCCCAGUCGCAGCAACAACAGCAACCGCAGCAGUCGUCACAGUCAUCCUCUCUUCUGCAUGACCUGUUCAAUAGACAGCAACAAGCUCAACAGCAGCAAGCACAAGUGCAAGCCCAACAACAGCAACAACAACAGCAGAUGUUCUCGAACAUGAACUACCAACAGCAAAUGUACAAUGAGAUGAUGUUCCCACGAGUUCCUUUCGGAAUGGCGCCACCACCAGGUCUUGGAGCGCCGUCUGCCAACAGAUCCUCUUCGAUGCCACCGCCACCUCCACACUUGGCACAGUCUUCUAUGCAGCAGCAAACACAACAACAGGCACAUCAUCAUCAGCAGCAGCAGAGUAUGGGAUUGUUUGGAAUGGGACAUGGAUUGUUACAUCAACAGCAGUCGCAGCCGCAAUCUGCACAAGACGCGUUCAAAGCAUUGUUGCCGACCGUGAAUGUGCGCUUUAUGGAUGACACCUCGAUGGCUCUUUGGUCGCACGAGAACAGUCUGCGAUCGGGCACCGUCGUACCUCCACCUCCCGGUUUCUCCUCGGUGAUGAAUCGUUAAAGUUUCCAACCCGUUUAGUUAACACAUUUAUUCAAGAAUAAGAACUGUUUCUGAUGUGUAUCCCUCGGUUGCGGUUGAUGCGAGAUUUCAAGUAGCACUUAUCAGAUAUUCUCAUCACCCACAACUCCAUUGUCAUAAUAAUAUUCUUCAUAUGUUAUUGUCUCCUCAUAUAAUCAUUUUGUCCGUUUACGACAUGUAUCAUGCGUAUCCAUUGGGCCAGCCCUUCGCCUCGAAUCAUUUAUUCGUGUUUGUUGCUCCUCCCAUAGAAUGCACUGAUUUAUUCGUCCCAGGACUCUUAAAUUCUAUUUCCUCAUGUUGGAUUCUUUUGCGGCGCUCCCUCCGUUUACAGCGAACGGCCGUGCAGUGAACAGACUGCAAAGCCUUCCAUCUGACUCGCGGACACAUCGGGGCCCGCUCCAAUUGCACUUUCUUUGCUUUUUCUAUCUUUUCCAUGGGAUUUACACAUUAGAAGCGGGACGAUUCUCUUUCCUUCCUCUAUUUAUAGCUCCUUUUAUUUUUCCUGGUCAUUCCUUUUCUCUACUUUUCUCGUCUCGUCCCGUUCUUUUUCUUCUUCUCAGUCGUUCGUCACAAUUGUUUCGGCCGCAUUCGCAUAACAUCAGUUGCUGCGUGCCACGAUACAUUCGAUUGUGACGGACACGUUUUUUUCCCUCUCUCUCCUCUUCCUUUCCCGUCCUCAAUUUUCGUGAAAUUUUCAGUAGUUUCGUCUAUUUCGUGCUCUCACACAUCCCGAUUCUUCAGUUCUCCUCGUUGAGAACAGGAUGACGGAGCUUUCGUACUUUUCCUAAUAGCAUCGCGCUCCAUAUUUUUCUUUUCGGAUUGUGGUUGGAUUUGCUUUUUUGUGUGAGAUGAUGGAAUAAAACAAUAUUUGGUGGAUUUCAGUUAUGAGUAAAGUGCGCGAUUAUAAGGUUAACAUCACUUACUUUUACGGAUAACUAGGGACGGCUUCUGAUUGAUGCAUUUGAAGAUGGUCGAAGAUUUUGAAAUAGACUCUUUUAUGGAAAAAGUUGUGGAAAAACAUCCAGAAUUAGCUGGAAGCAAGGAAGGAAACAGUGGAAUGAAAGACUUCGAAAUAGACGAAUACGAGAAGAAUCUGACGGAAAUGUGGCCGGAACUUGCCGAGAAGAUCUGCACAUUCGACGAGGAAACGGUCCAAGAAGAGAAGGAGAAGAGCGUCAGCAAAAAGUGCGAGAGAAAGGGAAUCGGAGAGAAAAUACGGCGAAUUAUUGCAGGCAACAGGCGAGAGAUCGAAUGACACGGCUGGAAGCGAUGAUGACGGAAGGACGGUCCCUCUACGAAAAGACCGAGACGUUCCACGUGGCGAUGCUCCAAACGGACGGCCCGAUGGCGUUGAUCGCGGACGCGGUGAAACGGAAGAAUCGGGUGGAAGUGCGGACGAGGAGUGCUGUGCGCAUCGAUCGCAUUUUCGACGGAAUUCCAACCUCUUUCGACGAGCACUUCAAUCUGAUGAUGUGUGACGUCACGGAAACAGUUCUUCACGGACGGUACCGUUCUCUGUUCUGAUUUUCUUUCCCAUAGUUCACUUCAGAAAAUCACACAGGGAAGUGGGCGCUCGGAGGUGCUUGCAAAGCCUUCUUCCGGAAUUCCUUCGAUGGAAAGAAGGAGGAGAGUGGCCGAUGCCGAUCGGAUCGAACCGACUUCUGGAGCACCGUUUCCACAGAUCAUGCUUUGUGAAAGGAGAUUCUGUCGUUUUAAUAAAACGUUUGAAAUGA